GUGUACGACGACCUGCCCGACUGAGGUUUCUUUGAUCCGCCGCGCCGGCAACACCUUCCGCCAUGGCGACGACAUUCUUUCGCAACCUCGUGCUGCGGCCAGCCCUCAGGCUACCACUGGCGGUGCCGACACCCGCCCCAUCAGGGCCGGCCAUCCGCGCCUUCUCCACGACGCCGGCCCAGAACGCGACGCUCAACCAGGUCCUGCGGGGCUGCCGAAAAGCGCAACGAGCCCGCCACGCCGUCUCACCGGCCCUUUCCGCCAUCGAAGCACCUGCCCUCAAGGGCGUGUGCGUCAAGGUGGGCAUCACGAAGCCCAAGAAGCCCAACUCGGGCGAGCGGAAGACGGCCCGUGUCCGGCUAUCCACCGGCAAGGUCAUCACGGCGUACAUCCCCGGCGAGGGCCACAACAUCCAGCAGCACAGCGUGGUGCUUGUGCGCGGCGGGCGGAGUCAGGAUUGUCCCGGUGUGCGGUAUCACUUGGUCAGGGGGGCGUUGGAUUUGGGAGGUGUUGGUAGCAGGAUGAGCAGCAGAAGUAAAUACGGGACGAAGAAGCCCAAGAAGGCGUCCGUUGGCUAAAAGGUGUAACAUACUUGGCCGGGGGUAGAAGUCUCUGGGAGAACUGGCCGCGGGAUCGAAGGUUAGUACAGCAGACGAGUAUCUCUGAUGUUUUCUCCGGCGAACCAAGAUCUUGUAUCAUAUACCUGUAUAAAAAUCGACACGUCUGAGU